AUGACUCAAAUUUCAGAAAUUAUCCUUUUGGGUUUUGGGGAUCUUCAUGGCCUUCAAUUUUUUCUUUUUGGGCUAUUUCUGGCCAUCUAUGUGAUGACUCUCAUGGGCAACGUUGUGAUCCUAACUGUAGUGUCAGCCGAUCACUCCCUUCACAUGCCCAUGUAUUUUUUUCUUGGUCACUUUUCCUUCCUAGAGAUUGGCUACAUCACUACCAUUGAGCCCAUAAUGCUGAGGACAUUGCUAUCAACCCAUGUAUCUAUUUCCUUCCAAGCCUGUGCCUGCCAGUUUUAUUUUUUUGCUGCCCUGGUGGCUACAGAAUGCUUCUUCCUGGCUGUAAUGUCUUAUGAUCGCUACAUAGCCAUCUGUAACCCACUUCAUUACACCAGCCUCAUGGACUACUGGGGCUGUUUACGACUAGCUGGUGCCUCUUGGUUGGCUGGAUUUCUGGCCCCCAUCCUUCUUGUGGUUCUUGUUUUUCGCUUACCAUUCUGUUCUGCCAAUGAGAUUGACCACUUCUUUUGUGAUUUGAAGCCUAUUAUGAAACUGGCCUGUACUGAUACUCGAGUAGCUGAAAUGACCUCUUUUUUAUGCACCACUUUAUUUGCCCUUGGACCCUUCUUGCUGACCCUGGCUUCUUAUACACACAUCAUCUCCACUAUCCUAAGGAUUCCUUCUGCCACGGGAAAGCAGCGAGCCUUCUCUACCUGUUCUUCUCAUCUGACAGUGGUCAGUCUCUACUAUGGGACGCUUGGGAUUGUCUAUGGCUUCCCACUGGGGCCUCAGUACAAAGACAUACUUAAGUUACUUUCCCUUCUGUACACGGUGCUUACCCCUGCCCUCAACCCUAUCAUUUACACCCUACGGAACAAGGAUGUGAAAGAAGCCCUGAGAAAAUGGGUGCAAUGA